AAAAAAAAAAAAAAAAAAACAGACCGAAUCACAAAUCGCCUGAAAUGAACAUGAGAGUUUUCUACAAGAGUCUGUUGUUUUUACUGGGGUUUUUCUCAGUUCAGACGAAGACAGAAAUAGAAGUGAAUGUAGCAGCAUGGGGAAAAGCCGAUCAGUCGACAACAUAUGAAAACUGUGAUGCUCAAAGAGCACUGGAUGGGAUAAACUACACUUUUACUCAUACAGAAGAAAAGAGUAACCCGUGGUGGAAGCUGGACCUGACGAAGACGUACAGUGUGAACAGAGUGACCAUCACUAACAGACUCGACUGCUGUAGUUACAGGAUAGAUGGGGCAGAGAUUCGGGUUGGAAACGAAUCUUCAGAUCUUAACAGGAACCCAAUAUGUGCUGUAGUUUCUACUAUUCCAGCAGGAGCUACCUACAGCUACUCGUGUGGUGGGAUGGAGGGACGUUACGUUAUUGUGGAUAUUCCUGGAACUUCAAAGAUUCUUACUCUCUGUGAAGUGGGAGUCUAUGCAAUUGGUCCAUUUUCCGAAGAAGACUCUUGUGAAGAUGAAACUUAAGUUUGAGUCUGUCUGAACCUCCAGCUCCAGUCACCGGUGAGAGAGGGAAACAUACAGAAAUCUGAAAUCAAAUCACAUUGAUUCCAGUUUUAAAAGAUCUGCUCAUUUCCGCUUCAGUCUGUUUUGGUGGAAGAGGGAUUUCUGACGUGAAGAAAGAGAUGAUGAUGGUGAUGGGGGAACCUAAAUUCUCUUCAGAUCAGCUUUGAUGUUCUUAAUUUAAAUGCUGGAAUUUUCUCAAUUCCUCAAUGUUGAUCACAAUAAAGCUGUAUGUAAUGAUUGAAACGACUGAUUUCUG